UCGUCUGGUUAACGUUCACACACCUUGAAAAAACACACGCAGAUCCCCCCAAAAUCCUCCCUUGCAGAGCAAAGGAAACACCUCUUCCCUUUCAAGAUUCUCCCUCUCUCUGUGUGGCCAAUCACCCAACUCGUGAAUCUUUGACUGCUCUUCUUCUUUGAUCUCGUGUAUUCUGAAGUACCCAUUUGCCAUUUCCCUCGGAAUUCCUCUCGUGGUGGCGCCCCUCGUUUCGUAGAUACACUUCUGACAGGAACCCUUUUCUUGAUCUUGCCAAUACUCAAGGAGAACGAUUUGUUUUUGUGUGAAAUUCUUGUCAGCUCUGUGAGAGGGGGAGGAUAUGGUGGGGGCUCUAUCCGUUGUGGGCUCAUCGGUCGUGGAAUCACACGCGUCUCCGCGUCUGUGCCUCGAUUCGCUUCCUUCGAGCAUGAGCCUCAGGAGUCGUGGGGAUCUAGUUAGUCUGCACAGAAGCACGUUGGGAAGGAAGCAACUCUGGAGGCCCGGAUCGUUGGAGCUGGGGAGCUCGUUCCUCUAUGCGUGGAACGAUUGGCGGGUCGAGGCCAAGGCGAUCUCCGGGAACGCGCGCCGCUGCUUCUCGAGCAAGCCGCGGAAGCACCGGAGCUUCAAGGUCGUGAGCGAGGUGGCCGGGCAGUAUGAAGACAGUUUCGAGGAUGUCAAGACGCAAAUACUCAACUAUUUUACGUAUAAAGCCGUGAGGACAGUUCUCAACCAGCUGUACGAGAUGAACCCGACGCAGUACCGGUGGUUUUAUGAAUUCGUCGCGACAAACAAGCCUGGAGAUGGAAAGCGUUUCAUCAGAAUACUGGGAAAGGAGAAGCACGAUCUUGCUGAGAGAGUAAUGAUAACACGUCUUCACCUUUAUGGGAAAUGGGUCAAGAAAUGCAAUCAUGCUGAAAUAUACCAAGAGAUAUCUGACGAGAACUUGGAGUUGAUGCGUGAACGGCUCAUGGAGACUGUUGCUUGGCCCUCGGAUGAUACAAACACAGAGAAGAUUGGCUAAGAUGUUGCAACUUCACAUUCCAUUCAUUUGGUUACACUUCUGUCAGUUGUUAACUUACUUCA